AUGAUCUGUGACCCACAGGGAGGAGGAUAUGACCUUGAUAUCUUUACGGAAAGACCUGACCAUGAUUUGCUGUGCUCCAUCUGCCGAGGGGUUAUGAAAUGUCCCGUAAUGAUCUCCUGCGGCCAUAUCUUCUGCCGCAAAUGCAUAUUGCAAUGGCUGAAGAGGCAGCAAACAUGUCCAUGUUGCAGGACGGAGGUGAAAGGCAAACUGUAUGUCCUGAUGCACAAGCUGAAGAGGAAAAUCAGCCGCCUUCAAGUAAAGUGCCCUAAUGAGCAGAAUGGCUGUCCUGCACUCUUCCCGUUACUGCGGAGUGAAGAACACACCGAGUCCUGCGCGUAUGGGUUGGUCGGCUGUCCCAACGAGGGCUGCCAACUCAAAGUCUUAAGGAAGGACAUUUGCGAGCACAGUCAGAACUGCGACUACUGGAGCGCGAUGUGUCAUAUGGGGUGCGGGACUUUACUGAACCCCGAAAAUAGAGACGCACACAACUGCUACAUGGAACUCAAAGAGAAUUACGUCACGCAGCUCAAUAAGUUAAAGCAGAAAGCCCGGCGCAUGGAGAGCCUCUCCUCCCAGAUGAACCGGCACAUCCAGCUGCUCAGCGAGAGCCUGGGGGACGGGCAACCAGAGAUGCCCUCGGCGGGGGCAGAGUGAUGGCUUGGGUCUCAACGCCACUCAACGUGACACCCUAACUGACGCCCACCGGCUCCAAAUAUAUUACAUUUUUAUUUAUAACUUGCGUGGUGUAAAAUUUCUCCAAUUUGUAUGAUUUAUAUAAUUAGACUGGUGUAACAGAUGAACUGUGCGGUGAUGUCGUGUUUAUAAUUAAUAAAUAUUUAUUAAU